CUAAUGAGUUGUGGAUAGGCUGAGGUUGAACAACACUGCAGUGAGAUGGUGUUUAUUGUCAAGGCCAGUUACAAACCUGUAUGGCAUACCAUUAUGAGUGCCUGGAAACACUUUAAGGGAAAGAAAAGGGGCAGAAGAGAUUUGAUCAAUAAUGGCAAGUAUGAGAGGGAAGGGAAAACGGACCAAGGAGCUUACAAAUGGAGUGACCUGACUGAUGCAGACACAGGAGCUAAUGCUUCUUAUUGGCCUUCAGAGGAUGAAAAGAUCCCUUCAGCAUCAUAGAUGACUUCUAAUCCAAUUGCUAAUAAAGGCACAAAAAAGAAAAGAUCAUCCUGUCAGGCCUUCAGGAGGACCUCAUUUAGGAAGGUGCUGAAACCUGUGCUGCACCUUCUGAAAGCUGUUCAUCUCAAAGAGGAUUGCAUGAUUGUUAGCCCACUCCAUUGAGAAUGAGGAGGGAGAGGAAGAGGUGUAAAAGCUGGAAGCAGAGGGGGAACAGGAGGAUGAAGAGAAGCUGCAGCAGGAAGAGGAGGCCACUGAAGAUGUUUUAAAAGCCUAGUCAUCUUUGUAUUUGGACAGUAUGUUGGCUUCAUCCAUGGCCAGUGAACAAUUAAGGUACCAGUGGUGGGGAGAGCCCUGCUAGAGGAACUGUAGGUGACUGUGUCAUCCUUGAUCUGAACAUCCACAAGCCAGAAACACAUGAAGUCAUCUGGAAGAAAGGCAGUAAUCUAAUGGCCAAGAUCACAAAUUCUAUUGUAAAGCUCUAUGGAAUCAAUGUUACCCGAUUUAAUGCAUUCGCCAAUGGCAGCCUAAGCCUUUGCCCCAUACAGUGGGGGGAUGAGGGUAAAUACACAGCUGACACGUACAGUCAAGAUGGGUUGCUUUUAGAUACCCAAGCUAUUUUCCUGGAGCUUGUUGAAUAUAUAUCUGCAUCUGUUCAAGAAAUCAGUGGAUUUGCUGGUGGUUCUGUGUUCUUACCUUCUCCUGAGGUAAAUCUGGAAGGACAUUUCCAUGUGACUUGGAAGAAAGAGAAUAUAUCCAUUGCUAGGAUGAGUUUUUCUUAUUUCGAGUACUACGGGGAAUACGCCAACAGAUCUGAGAUCUUUUCUAAUGGCACUCUCAGAUUGGACAGGAUUGAGGACAGUGAUAGUGGUCAGUAUUAUGUAGAAGCACAUAAUGGCACUGGAAAGAUUAUGUACAACACAAUCUCUCUUGAAGUGGAAGUGGGGGCAACAGAAGCACCCCAAACAAUCGAUUUCUUUGUUGUGUUAUAUAUCUGGAUGGGAUGCCUUGUUGCUGUAUGUAUUAUUGUGUCUAUCACACUUGCAUGGCAUUGUGGAAAGUGCAAACACAACAAAGGUCUCUUUAAACCCCCUAGCUUCAAGCGUGCGGAUUUGAGCCUCAGGAGGCACAGUGAUGGCUCUAGGAAAUCUGAGGAGGGAGGCAUGAGUGUCUCCUGGCAAAAUCAGGAUGAAGACUGCCAUUCAGGAAAAGGAAGCACUGCAGACUCCACCAAGCAAGGGGACAAAGCUUUCAAUCAAGAUGUUGAUGCUAAAGCAGAAGUAGCUGCAGGCGGUUUCAACAAGCUGCCUGUAUCUUUAAAUAUCUCCAGUUUUCAAGGGAUUGAAGUACCUAAAUCACCGCCCAUGUCUGCAGAUGGUGGGAACUCUGUUGCCUUUAUUCCUGAAAGCUGUGUUCCUCUGCAGGCUGAGCAUUGUAUGCCUCUGGAUUUUGAGGACUGUGGUCCUCCUGAUUUCCCUUCAGAAGAAUAUGAUGACUGUUGUUUUCCAGCUUUCCCUCCAGAGGCAUUUGACCCCUACAGUUCUCUAGAUUUUCCUCCAGUGGUUUUUGAGGACUUUAGUUCUCUGGCAGAUGGGGACUAUGUUCCUGUGGAGGAAGGUGACUGUGUACUUCAAGAUUCAGGGGUUUCUGUUUUAGAAGUAGCCAAUGACUAGUUAAAGAUCCAGAUGAAAGAAGGAAACACGCAUCCUGUUGUUGACAAAGACUGAAAUAAAAUUCCCAGGGGACAAGUCUGAAGGACUGACCUGAAGCUCUUCAUAUUAGAGUUUGCAAAGUAAUAUGCAGUAUGUGCCUGUUUAUAGUAUAACAGUGGCAUUUAUUUGGCAGAUCCCCUUUUUGACUCAUCACUGAAUGAGUAACCUCAAAAUUCUGGAGUUUGUUUCUCAGUUGAGUUAAGUCCCCCAAGUAUGAAAUGUUUUCUCUCUCUCGGCCAAGGUAUGCAAGCCUCUUCACAUCUGAAGAGCUGGCUGGGAAUCAGAAAACAGUGUGUAACACUUUGAUUUUCACUCAUGUAUGUAAAUACUGCAAGAGCAGCUUUGCUGAAAGCAUUUCAGCAUUUCCAGUUUGGAGCUUAGCUCCAAACCAGGAGUGGACAAUAAAUCAUUAGUAUUUUUGGAGCCUUGAAAAAGUUUUGGUUAUCAUUUACCUGCUGUUGGGAACAAGGAGGAUUUCAGUUUUCUGAAAAAAGCCCAGCCUUAAUCUUGGCUCCAGUCUUUUUUUCUGCUUCAUCAACAUGUUAAUAUGGGGAGAUGGGACUAAUGGAGUCAAAAUGCCCCAUCUUGAUGCACUUGAGAGCUCACUGUUAAAUGACACUGCAUGGCAUUUUUGCAUCAAGGAGGCAGCAAAUAAACUCGCCAGGUUUAGAUGCAAGCUCACAGUUGAUUGCUUGAAUUAGCAGAUAUACUGUUUACAUGUUUAUCCUCCUAAAAUUACAUUAAGAUAAGAAAGUUUCAGUGAAGCACAGUCUUCAGUUUUCACACAGGCCUGUUUCAGCAAAAAAUUAUAGCAUUGCCAGUGAAUUGCUGGAAAUUUAAACAGUUGUUUAACAUGCAUUCAAUAACAUUCUUAUUUAUAAACAAACUUGAGAAAGCAGUAUAUUGUAAGUCGAACUAUGGUAUAAAAUAAGGUCAGGUUGUUUAUUUUGUAGUGUGAUAUA